UCACUUACAACUACAAUUAUUUGUAGAGUUGCUUUUGGUAUUAGGUUUGAUGAAGAAGCACAUGAGAAGAGGAGAUUUGAUGAACUUAUAAAUGAGUCACAAGAUAUUCUGGCUAGCUUCUUUGUCUCCGAUUUUUUUCCUUCUUUAAGUUGGAUCGAUAAACUUACUGGAUUGAAAAAUAAACUUGAGAAGAAUUUCAAGUGUUUGGAUGAAUUUUAUGAAGAACUCAUUGAGCAACAUCACAAUCCCAAUAGGCCAAAAUCCAUGGAAGGAGAUAUUAUUGAUCUUUUGCUACAAUUGAGGAAAGAGCAAUCAACUCAAAUCAAUCUCACUUUGGAUAACAUAAAGGCAAUCCUCAUGAAUUUAUUUCUUGCUGGGACAGACACUAGCGCAAUUACAGUAAUUUGGGCCAUGACUGCCUUGAUGAAGAACCCCAAAGCCAUGAAGAAAGUUCAAGAAGAAGUUAGAAAAUCAGUGGAGAAAAAAGGCAUUGUAAAUGAAGAUGAUACUCAAAAUAUGCCUUAUCUCAAAGCAGUAAUAAAAGAGACAUUUAGAUUGUAUCCACCAGCUCCAAUCCUAGUGGCAAGAGAGACAAUGCAAAAUUCAAUACUAGAAGGGUAUAAUAUUCCACCAAAAACAACAAUUCGUGUAAACUAUUGGGCUAUUGCAAGAGAUUCUGAGUACUGGGAAAAUUCAGAAGAAUUUAUACCCGAGAGAUUCUUGAAUAGUAACAUUGAUUUCAAGGGUCAAGAUUUUGAAUUUAUCCCAUUUGGAGCAGGGCGGAGAGGUUGCCCAGGUAUUCAAUGUCAAGCCCUUGGUGUUGCAACAGUGGAUCUUAUACUAUCAAACCUUCUAUAUGCAUUUGAUUGGGAGUUGCCUUUUGGGAUGAACAUAGAGGAUAUCGACACAGAGAGUUUGCGCGGAAUUACUAUGCAUAAGAAAAAUGAUCUUUGCCUUGUCCCUAAAAGUUAUAUGUAG